GCGCUGCUGUCGCAAUGUCCUCCAUCGUGAGAGACGGCGUCAAGCGAGAGGGGACAGGAGGCUCUUGGCGGUGCUUCAGCGGCAUGGUCAGCUCCUACAUAUAAGGAGCCCGCACGCCGUCUCUACUCUCACUAUCACUCACAGCUGGCAAGUCCACAUUCCUUCUCUCAACACUCUUUCAGUCUUUACAUUCAUUCCGUCGUCUUCGACACCACAUUCUUUCAUCAAUCACCAUGAAGUACUCUGCCAUUGUCGCUCUGGCUGCUGCUGCGCAGGUCGCUCAAGCCCACACCACCGUCUUCGCUGCUUGGAUCAACGAUAAGGACCAGGGUGUUGGUAACACUGCCGAAGGCUACAUCCGCAGCCCCCCCAACAACAACCCCAUCAAGGAUGUCACCUCCAAGGACAUGACCUGCAACGUCAACAACGUUGCCACCGCCAAGACCCUCAAGGUCAAGUCCGGUGACAAGUUCACCUUCGAGUGGCACCACGACAGCCGCAGCGAUAGUGACGACAUCAUCGCCUCCUCCCACAAGGGUCCCGUCAUGACCUACAUUGCCCCCACCGAGAAGGGCACUGCUGGCAGCGGCUGGGUCAAGCUUGCUGAGGAUGGCUACGACGUCGACACCGACACCUGGGCCGUCGAUACCCUGAUCAAGAACAAGGGCAAGCACUCCAUCACCAUCCCCAACAUUGCCGCUGGCAAGUACCUGCUCCGCCCCGAGAUCUUCGCCCUCCACGAGGCCUCCAACGUCGGCGGUAUCCAGGUCUACACCGAGUGUGUCCAGAUCGAGGUCACCUCCUCCGGCACCACCGAGCUCCCCGCCGGUGUCUCCAUCCCCGGUAUCUACAAGCAGGACGAGGAUGGUGUUGUCUUCGACAUCUACAGCUCCAAGAAGGCCUACCCCAUCCCCGGCCCCAAGGUCUGGGACGGUGCCUCGUCCAGCUCCUCCUCCGGCGCCGUCGAGGCGGCCGCUGUCUCCACCCCCGAGGCGUCCAGCACCCCCGCUGCCACCCCCGUCGCUCAGUCCUCGGCCGCGGCUGUCUCCAGCCCCGCCGCUGCUGCGACCACCCCCGCCGCCGCCGCUGGUGGUGCCGUCUCCACCGCCACUGAGUACUCCACCACUCAGUACACCACCUACGAGACCGUGACGACCGGCUCCACCCCUGCCGCUACCCCCGCGGCUGACCCCACCUCCGCCGCCGCUGCCUCCCCCGCCGCGUCUGGCUCCAGCUCCGGCUCCGUCAAGAAGUACCACCAGUGCGGUGGCAAGAACUACAACGGCGCCACUGACUGCGAGGAGGGCUCCAAGUGCGAGGUCCAGAACGACUUCUACUCCCAGUGCAUCUAAGUGCUUCCAGGGCGCUUGCUGAGGGGGAAAAGGUUGUAUGGAGGUGAAUGUGACUAGGGAAAAUCGUUACGCUAGACGAUGCAAGACGCUUGUUCUUACUUCUUAGACGGACGGAUCGCCCCACUGGUUGUUGGGCUCUUUCUGGCUUUUCUUGUCAAUCUUCAUGUAGAAUUGUAAAUUUGAAGCGCAAUGCGCGGACUUAUCAGUGA